UAUCAUUUUUGUUCUUUUAUAACCACAAAAUUUGGUCGAUUUUUGGUAUCGAUCUGAGCUUAUUUAAAAAGAGGGUUUUUUGACCAGGGUUUUUAUGUAACCGAAAAACCAUGACGGCUUUGACAGGUUUAAGGCUCCCGUCCAGAACACUGAGUUACCGAUAGGACACAGAUAUAGAUGAUGAAGUUCAGUUUCUUUCAGAGUGUGACGGUAAGUCUUUUAGUGGCCGUACUUCUUGCUCAUUUUGGGCCGGGCUUUGGAAGCGUUGUCCCCGCCUGCGAGAAGGGGCACUUCCGUCCCAAACCAACAGAAAGCUGUACACCGUGUACCGUCUGCAACGGCCGCACGAUAGAAUCUGAAACCUGCCGACGCAACGCGGACACUGUGUGCGUGGCACGUAGGACCUGCCCAUCCGAUGCGUUCCUGGACAGGGGGACCGGGUUGUGUCAAAGAUGCACGAGAUUCUGUCCAUCUCCGCUUGUUAAGACGUCGCCUUGUCUUGAAGAAGCCGACGCAGAAUGCGGUCAGAGGUCAUCGAAAGUUCAUGGGAAGAGCAGCCGGAGAAGAGGGUCGAGCAGUCGGUCUCGACGGAGAAAACAGAGGCGGGGAAAGAGGCAGAAGUACCGGUUGCACGCAGAGGAGGCAGGCCCCCUUGAUAAACCAGAGAAGGUGUGCCCAGAUGGCUAUUUUUAUGAUCUGAACUACAGAAAGUGCGUUGUUUGUAGCAGCGGGGCUUGCGAAUUCACCGAAGUCGCGGCGUGCUCCAAACACAGCGAUCGCGUCUGCGGCAAGGAGCGGCCGCAUUCAUCACCAACCGAAACAUCCACGAUAUUCGAUCCCUUCGAUUCGAUUCGAGAUAACAAGCUCCCCGAUACGGUGAAGGAGAAACAACGAUCCCGGUUACUCAGCAACGAGUACCCGGAUUCAUCAUCCAAGGGGAAAAGAAUCGAUUCCGAAUACCAGAUUUCCGAGAGUCUCGAUGCUAACUACCCGAAGAAUCAUGAGGUCAACAUCAAAUCGGAUUCGUCGCAGAUGGUGCUGAGUAAUAGCCCAGAGGCGUUAGAUUAGGGGAAGCUUCCCAAAUGACGUCACAAUAUUAUCAAGCCGCCAUUUUGAAUUUUUACAUGUAACUUUCUUGGAUUCUAUUAUAAGUUGAAAGUAACAAACAAGAUGGGGAGGACUUUACAGUUACCAGUGUCUGUCGUUGGGUGGCGCUACAUUUAAUUUGUAAUCCAAUAUGGUGGACGCGUGGCAUUUUUAAAUAUCAAUUGAGACGUCUUCUGCAGUGAGUUAUGUGACAAAAACAUCCAAAGGCAAACCACUCGGGCGGAAACCUUUGUGAUUCGAAAGCAGAUGUCUAACCACUGGAAAAAGGAACAUGAUUAUAGAACUGCCUCGGGCAAACUUGGUGUUCUAGUCGUAAGACAUCUCCUCUAUAGCAAUGCAAAGGUUGUGGGUUCAAAUCCCAGCCAAGUGAUUUGCCGGUGGUUUUCGGCCAUGAAAAUGUGGCCUACGUGUACAUAAAACUAAUGUAUUUUUGUAUCUUUUUAGAGACAUUUUCAAACAGUGUGUAACACAUGGGACCAAUACAUUUUGCAACACACUGUCGGCCUUUAAAGGCUUUUACAAUAAUAUCGCGAUAAUAACAUGGCCACAAAAAUAUAUUGAUCUAGGCCUAUAUUAAGUAUAUACCUUUUUUCAGGGGUGGAUUUCACAAAGAGUUAGGACUAGUCUUAUCUCGAGUUAGGACCAGUUACUCGUCCUAACUUAGGACUGUCUAUUCAAUUUGUGUGUCUCCUAGGAUAGUCCUGAAUCUUUGUGAAAUCCACCCCGGCUCUUAAUAUUUCGGUAGUUUUUUUUCGUACAGUGUGAAACACAUAGGGACCAAUACAUUUUGCACCCCACUGUAUCAAGAAAAUUACACUAUAAAGCAAAUGUUUUUGUGCUUAACAAGUUUGUGUGCUUAAAGGCUUUAUGAACUUGGACCCAAGUCACUUGCACUGUGAUUUGAAACUUUGCAUGACAUUAAAACAAGGUAGUCUUCAUCACUAAACAUUAAAUAAAUAAACAAAUAAAUAUUACUGAUGCAAACAUAUUUUCCCGGUGCUUGUUAACUGAGUGUGCUAAAACAUUUCAUAUAAUUCUAACAAGUUUCAUUGUUAUAUUAUUUCACCUAUUGACAUUUUGUAUAAUUUUGUACACAAACUAUUUUGACAACUUUACAUCUGGGGUUUUAAAUCACGGAUUUGGUUUUAAAGCUGAAUAUUUUGCCAGAAAAUAAAUGCGUUAUAGCCAAAAAUUGUUUUAAACACAUUUUUACUGAAUAGCGAUUUCACUUUUUAAAUUGAACAUUAUUUGUCAUUUGUAUUAAUUCAUUCCAUAAAUUGACAAGCCUUUUUUGUUUCUACCUAUUAUAUUUUAGGAUAGAUUUAAUUUUAUUGUAUUUUCAUUGCCUUUUUUUGUAAUCAUAAGUAGAAAAGUAUUAACACUUUGUGCUAUCAAAACUUUGCGUGACCAAAACCGAUUAAAGAUAUUACGUUGUUUAAACAACUUUGUAUGUGUACGAACUUCAUCUUUGGG